CGCUCCCCUCCCUCCCGGUUUGCUCGGCGCUCGGCGCUCGGCGCUCGCACACACUUCCACCCGGGUGCCGCGUAGCCUAUAUCCACGGGACACGGGUGCGCGUGCGCCGGCAUUGCCCAUUCCCCGAGAAGCCUAGCCUAGACCCCUUCCCACGUCCGCGCUUCUUCCUCUCAAACCAGCUCUCCUGAGACCCGCAACCACCCCCAAAACCCCGGCCGCGGAGGCGGAAACCCUAGCGAGCUAGACGAGUCCGGGCCGUGCGCGGCGGCGGCGGCGGCGGACAUGGAGGGAGCCUUCGAUUUCAAUAUGAGGGCCAUGCUCUGCCUCAACCGCAGACUUCCGUACGGCACCACCGGGCCGGACGUCGACUUCUUCGAGGCCGCGUUCGAGGGGGACAUCCCCCGUCUCAGGGAGAUGGUGAGCGGUAAGGACGCGAAGGAGAAGGCGAGGCUCGCCGACGUGUCCUUUGGGGGUCUGGGCGCGCUCCAGGCGGCGGCGCGCCUGGGGAGGCUCGACGUUGUCAGGUACUUGGUGGAGGACCUUGGCUUCGACGUCGACGGAGGUAGUGCCGAGCUGGGUUUGACGGCUUUGUGUUCUGCCGCACUGGAUGGGAGAUUGGAGACUGUGAGGUACCUUCUGGACAAUGGGGCUGAUCCAAAUAAGAAAGAUGAACUUGGCGAAGUUGCUCUUCAUUGUGCUGCUAAAUUUGGGCAUGAUGAAGUGGCAAAGCUGAUAUUAUCAAGAGGAGCGAUAGUUGAUACAGCUUAUUCUGAUGGGUCGCCACUACAUAUCGCUGCUUUCUAUGGGAAGACCAAUGUCAUGAAAGUUUUAUUGGAGCACCAUGCAGAUCCAAACAUGGUCUCGGAACUAGGUACGCCAGUGACUGCAACACUUUAUGCUACUACGGAAGGACUUGAGGAAUCUAUUUCAUUAAAGUGUGUGAAGCUUCUUGUCGAGGCAGGUGCUGAUGUGAAUUGUACUGAUCCCGACAGUCCCUUAGUCGUAGCAACUACUCAUGGCUUGACUGAUUGUAUUGAAUAUUUGCUGAAGGCUGGUGCAAACGCUAAUAUUCCAAAUAAUUGUUGUGGUACUAUGCCAAUAGAAAUAGCUGCAGGCCAUGGAAGAAGAAAGCAUGUGGAGAUGCUAUUCCCUUUCACUUCUCCCAUUCAAACUGUUUCAAAAUGGACUGUUGACGGAAUUAUUGCUCAUGUAAAAUCAGAAAGUUUGAAACAUUCGAACCAUAAGGUUGGGCAAUAUGAUAAAAGCACAAAAGUUAAGCUGAAAUUAGAUGGUGACAAGGAUGUUGGGCGAAAGAACCACAGUGCUGCAUCAAAGCUAUACAACGAGGUUGAGCAGCAUGGUAAAAACACGAAAGAUAAGCUGAAAUUAGAUGGUGACAAGUCUGUUGGGAGAAAGGACUACCUUGCUGCAUCAAAGCUCUAUGGCGAGGCAAUUGACCUGGAUCCAACUGAUGCAAUACUGUAUUCGAACAGGAGCUUUUGCCUUCUGCAAAUUGGUGAAGCAACAAAGGCUCUAUCUGAUGCCAAUUCUUGCAUAAAGGUGCGGCCUGAAUGGGUAAAAGGUUACUACAGGAAAGGAGCCGCCCUCAUGUCACUCAAGGAGUAUAAAGAAGCAUGUGAUGCAUUCCUUGCUGGGUUGAAGUUGGACCCUGCAAAUGCUGAGAUGGAGAGAAUGUUCCGGGAGGCAGUUGAGGCCAUGAAGGACUGUGUUGUCUUAAAGAACCUUGAGUCUAUCGAUUAGAGGACCCAGCACGAAAUAUGCAAGCUCUGGGAUUUCUUUUGUGCGGCCAGCCCAUUUUGUAUAUGUGUAGACAGUCACUGACUAUGUGGAAUUGUCUGAAAUCGUGGUAAAAGUGCACUAGGGUGCCUGGGGUUGAUCGCUCUAAGCUGCACGGCACUGCUUGGUUGCUCGAACCAACUGACGGCUUGUUGGAAAGUUUAGGUUCUUUUAUGUAUGCUUCUGUCUGGGAAGUGGGAAGUAAAACGAAGUUAGGCGGUCAAUGGAGCUCUUGUU